CGCAUUAGGAUCCCUCUCAACAACAACAUCCGUAACAGUAAUCUGAACACACCCCUUAAAACCCGUUACUCUCCCUCUAACUCUUCCCACAGCACCAAUCUUCACGUUCGAAAAGGAUCGGGCGGCGGCGUCGGAAAGAAGACAAAGAUCCUGAGGACUACGACGGCGUGCCAAAUGAGGAGAAGUUAAAUGGUUAAGCCAGAGGAUACAAGGGAUGCAGCCUGUUCCGUCGUCGAUUGCGAAUCGGAGGAAUUUUCCAGAUUUAAUCCGAGAUUCUGCUCCAAAUUGCGCUUUGCCGUUGUUUAUGAGAAAUACAAAUUGGAGUCCCGCAGUGAACUCGACUGCCCGUAAUAAGCUAAACCUUGCCGGAUAUCACAUCCAGAGUUGAUCGUCGUAAGAAGUACGGCCACCAGAAACGGUUGAAUUUUUGUUAUGAUGAAAGUAAUUAAGGGGAAAACAGACAUACAAAUAGAGGAAAAGAAGAAGAAAAGGAACAAGGAACAAAAUGUUGAUGUUGAGACACAUGCUACAGUAAACAAUGAUGUUGAUCAUGGAAUGGAAGUUUUAAAGAGAAAAAAGGCGAAAGUUUCUAUCAACCAAAAAAGAAAGAACAAGGACAAAAGUGUAGUUGGAACACAAAGACAAGAAGAUGAAGAUGUUGAUUUAGAAGAACAAAAUGAUGAAGUAGUGGACAACUGUCAUUCUAAAGCAGAGGAGAUCUAUGACUCCAAAGAGCUUAGAGAUUCUAAUAUUGGAGCAGCUAUUAAACCUUGUAGGACAAAGGAAGGUGAAAAGAAAAGAAAAAAAGAGAUUAAAAACUCUCCAGAAAAGAGAGAAGAGGAUCCUCAAGAUGAAAUUCUUCUUAUUUCCUCUAGAGAUGAUGACUGCUCAAAUGGAAUUAAAAAAUGGAGAGUGGAAUACCAUCAAAGUAGACCAGGGUUGGAGAUAUUGCAACAUCAAAUUGACGACUUUGUAACUGCUUACGAGGGAAAACUUGAAGAGGAAAUGAAAGCAAAACAAGCCCUUGCUGCUGAAGGGGGAUGGACGGUGGUUGUACACCACAAAGGUAGGAAGAAAACGACGGAUUCUGAAAGUGGGAUUGCUGUGGGCUCGAUUGCUCAAGCGGCUGCGGAGAAUAAGUUGGCCAAAAAGAAACCUAAAGAAGUUGGUCAAGAUUUCUACCGCUUUCAAAAAAGAGAAGUGCAAAGAAAUGAAAUCAUGAUAUUGCAGGGCAAAUUUGAGGAGGACAAAAAACGUCUUCAACAGUUGAGAGCUGCCAGGAAAUUUAGACCUUAUUAAACUAUGCUUAUAGCUGAGGUCCCCGGUUCUUUUCUGAGGAUAGGGAAUAUUUGUUGUGAAGUCCUGAAGUUGAAUUAUCCUGUAGUCCUGACAAAAUUGGUUCAUUUACCAUUCCAAUUUUGUCGAAAAUCUUUAUAAAUGUAGUAUAGGAAUUAGUUAUUUUAAUUUGAUUUAUAUGAUUGUAAGAUCCACAAUUUUCUCAAUUAUUAAUAGUGUAUGAAAUAUAUUUUUAUUUA